AUGCAGCCACAGCCGGGUCCUCCCCCAAGAUGUGGCCACAAGGCCUGGGCCGCUGGGGAUGGACGCUCCCAGGAAGAGCUGAAAUCCCGACGGGCAGGCCCCGAGGGGCCCCAUCUGUGCUGGCUGUUGGCCCGCACCUUUGCCGAGUGCUCCCCACGCCCUGGCUGGGGCCCCCCACACCUUGGGCAGGGGUGGGCACACAGGCCCCCGUCGGCACGCGCGGGGAGCUUCCGCUGUGCGAGGGCACCAGCAGCCGAGGGCGCGGGGUGCCUGGACCAGCUCCCCACCACCUCCUCCCCCAGCUUCCUCCGAGUUCGAGCGACGGAUGCGCGGAUCAAGCGCCAGGGGGCACCGCUGGGCUGCACGUGGGCGCCAUCGUCUGGACCCGUCCGAUACCCGUCUCGGUAUCGGAGACUGACCCUGGGCCCUGCCGCGACACCACCCCGCAAAGAUACCAACCGGCCGCUCGGCGGCCCUUGUCCCGUGGAACCGUUUCUGGGCUGGGAAGGCCGGCUCUCCACCUGGGGCCUGGCGUGCGCUCCGGGCGCGGGCUUGCUCUUCCUGCUUUUCCAGCACCGCACCCGGGAUCCCCGAGCGACGGGCCCCUAUAGAUGCGGCGCAGACACGGCGUUUUGUGAAUGCGGAGCCGCUCCUCUGCCCGUGGUCUCCUCCCAGAGCCAGUCACAGACGUUCUGGUGCCCAGAGGACGCGUGUCACCGAGGUCACGCUAGGAAGAGCCCUCAUGAGUUCCAGACGGUCCUGCCUGGUCGCUCUCGCCGGACUGUGCUGGGAGACCCCCAGGCGCGAAAGGCUAACUCUGGCGGCAGCCGAGCCUGAGGAGUCUGGUGUCUGGGAUGCCAGGGACUGGGACACGCCCGCGUGUGCACCUGCUGUGCUCGAGUGCCCGGCUGUAGCUGUGAACGGGGCACGAGGCCCCGCGACACCAAGGGAGCAGGCGGGGGAAACGGCUUCUGCACGAAGCCACCUCAGCGAAGGGAGCAAACCAACAAAAUCCACCCGCCCGCACACGGAUGUCACAAGCAGGCUCGUCGUCGGUCAUUACCUGGACUGAGAGAAAGUUUGAAAGCCCUGCCCGAGAAGAAGCAUUUUCAGAAUGAUGCUCCUCCACAAAAGCAAGGGGUGCACUCACAAAAAUCAUCAACAUCAGCUUUUUAAAGUUCUAGAAAUUCCCCCUAAGGCCUCGACAAUUGGAAGCGUGUUUGUUCAUAAAGCGGUUGAAUCCGGAUGAGAA